GCCGGGAGUGGGAAAUAAGGUGUCUCCGUUUCUCGUUUCCGGGCCGGCGGAGAAGUGGAGGAGGAGGAGGAGGAGGAAGAAGAAGAGGAGGGGAAUCAGGAGGAGAUGGCGGCGGAGCGGGGGCCGCCGGGGCUGGAGGCCCAGCGGCAGCAGGUAGAAGGGGACGGGCCUGGCCAGCCUGGUCGGGAGCGGCCCCUGCGAGCGGGAGAGAAAUGGUAUUUGCUGGAGAAUCACUGGUACCAGCAGUGGAAAGCAUAUGUGGAAUCUGGAGACCAGAACUCCAGCUCCUUCCCUGGACGGAUCAACAACGCGGAACUCUUUGAAGACUUAGAGUCGUAUCGGCUGAAGGAUAUGCUGGUGGAGUACGAGGAAUAUGUUCUGGUGCCGGAGGAGGUAUGGAACAAGCUGGUGAGCUGGUAUGGCAUUGAGCAUGAGCAGCCACCCAUCGAACGCAAGGUGGUGGACCUUCCCAGCACGCAGAAGGUGGAGGUUUACCUGGUGGAAUUGCACCUCUGCCAGCACAGUGACAUGGACACCAUGGUCGCGGCCCAGUUCAGUCGCAUGGACACUAUUGACGCAGUGCUAAAGGACGCCCGGCGCCAGUUUUCAGUUCCGGCGGAAGACGAGACGAGGCUCUGGGUGAAGAACGCUGAUGGCUCCUGUGAGAGGCUACGGAACUUGCAGAUGACUGUGUUGGAUGCCUGCCUCAGUUCAGGGCAGGUGGUGAUAAUGGAGACGAGGAGCAAAGAUGGCACUUGGCCCAGCUCUAGACCACAUACCAUGAAGAACUCAGUGGAAGAUGAGGAGCUGUAUCAGGGCCAGCCAGGGGUCUGUGGCCUCACAAAUCUGGGCAACACCUGCUUCAUGAACUCUGCUUUGCAGUGUCUUAGCAAUGUGCCCCCUCUCACUGAGUAUUUCCUCAACAAUUGCUACUUGGAGGAACUAAACUUCAGCAACCCCCUGGGUAUGAAGGGUGAAAUUGCAGAGGCCUACGCUGACCUCAUCAAGCAGCAAUGGUCUGGCCAUCACCGCUCUAUUGUGCCCCGCAUGUUCAAGACCAAAGUGGGCCACUUUGCAUCCCAGUUUCUCGGCUACCAGCAGCAUGACUCCCAGGAGCUUCUCUCCUUCCUGCUUGAUGGGUUGCAUGAGGACCUCAACCGUGUCAAGAAGAAGGAGUACGUGGAGCUGAAGGAUGCGGCCGGGCGGCCAGACGAGGAAGUAGCGGAGGAAGCCUGGCGCAACCACAAACGCCGCAAUGACUCCAUCAUUGUCGACAUCUUCCAUGGGCUCUUCAAAUCCACCCUGGUGUGCCCCAAGUGUGGCAAGGUUUCUGUGACCUUUGACCCCUUCUGCUACCUCAGUGCCCCCCUGCCUGUCAGCAAGGAGCGGGUCAUGGAGGUUUUCUUUGUGUCCAUGGACCCCUGCAAGAAGCCCGAGCAGCACAGACUGAUUGUCCCAAAGGCUGGGAAAGUGCUAGAUCUCUGCUACACCUUGUCCAAGCACACCGGGGUGCCUGCUGAGCGGAUGAUGGUGGCUGACGUGUUCAGUCACCGCUUCUACAAGAUCUAUCAGAAGGAGGAGUCUCUGAGCUGCAUCCUGGACCGGGAUGACAUCUUUGUCUAUGAGGUGUCCAUGUCCACACUGGAGGACCCAGCCACAGCGGAUGCCGUAGUAUUACCUGUGUAUCUUCGGGAGCGCACCCAGGGACGUGACUACAAUGAGAGUUACUAUGGAGUCGUCCUCUUUGGCCACCCGCUCUUGGUGUCUGUGCCACGGGAUCAGCUUUCUUGGGAUGCCCUCUACCAGCUUCUGCUGCACCGCCUCUCCCGCUACGUGAUACAACCAGACUCUGAGGAAGAGGAGGAUGAUCAGAGCGAGGAGGAAGACCUCUACAGCAAGAGACCCAAUGGGCUGAGUGAAGGGGAGGAGGAAGAAGAGGAAGAGGAGGAGACAACAGUGGAAGGCUCUACUAGCCAGGAGCCUAGCUCAGAGACAGAGGAAAACCCCUCAGAUGCAUCUCUGGGGGAGGAAGGGGCUGGUGUGCAGGGGAGGCAUAGUCCUAACACAUCUCCCCACCAGGCCCCCCGCUCCCCCUCUUCUAGCCCCAGCCCUCCUACAGCCAACCAGGCCAAACGCAAAUGCUGCCUGCCACAGAGACGACGAAAAAUGCUUUUCACCCUCCAGCCUGUCAAUUCUAACGGUACCAGUGAUCGAAUGGCUGGCCAGGACGAAGGCAGUGCGGUCUCCUUCAACUCCCAACCGUACAUCGCUAUGGACUGGGACUCUGAAAUGAAGAAGCACUACUACAAUGAGACCGAGGCGGAGGGCUAUGUCAAGCACGAUUGCAUGGGCUACAUGCUAAAAAAGAACCCGGUCAGACUGCAGGAGUGCAUCGAACUGUUCACCACUGUGGAGACACUGGAGGAAGAGAAUCCCUGGUACUGCCCCACCUGCAAAAAGCAUCAGCUGGCUACCAAGAAGCUGGACUUGUGGUCACUGCCAGAGAUCCUCAUUAUUCACCUCAAGCGCUUCUCCUAUACCAAGCACUCCCGGGAGAAACUCGACACCCUUGUGGAGUUCCCCAUCCGGGAUCUCGAUUUCUCAGACGUUAUAAUCAAGCCACGGAAAGACACUGACCCUAUGCUGUAUAAAUAUGACCUCAUUGCUGUGUCCAACCACUAUGGCAGCCUCAGAGAUGGGCAUUACACUACUUUUGCCCGGAACAAGGACAGUGGGACGUGGUUUUACUUUGAUGACAGCAGUGUCUCUUCAGUUUUAAAAGCCCAGAUUGAGUCCAAAGCUGCCUAUGUUCUCUUUUAUCAACGUCAGGACAAAAUACGCCACCCAGUUCACCCUGCUGCUGCCCCCACAAGUGCUGCUGCCACCAGAGACCAGGAGCACUACGAGCCCUGCUGUGAUUCCCAUUCCAGAGAACAAGCAAACCGGGACUUCAUGGACGUGGACUGACCUUUGCCCCACCCCGCUUUGCAACAGGAGAGGAGGGCGUCGAGAGUCGGGCACCUUCCUUUCUUCAGACUGAAGCUGGCAGCUGGAAUCUAUCCAGUGGCAACUUUCUCAGGCCUUGGAAUAGGGUUAGGACAGGGAAGUAGGACUGGAGCAAAUGGAUCCCUCGGCUGUUCCUCUGUGCUUCAAAGUGCAGGAGCCUUUCUUUGCACAUAAUUUCCCUACUUUGAAGGGGAAGGUCUGGUUUUCCCCCUUCAGGGCCAGCGUCUUGCACCAGCAUUUUGUAAGAUUUGGGGGUGGAGGGGAGUGAUCUUCUCUUCAUCUCAAAAAUGGGGAGGCAUUCUCAGGGCCAGACCUUCCAGCCGGAGCAGAAGUGAGUGCAUCAUUCCUGUGAGCCCUCGCCCAUGCUGCUCUUCUCGCCCAAUACUCUACUCUUAGCAUCAGGGUGACGGCCCUUGUUCUGCUGCAUUUUGAUCUAAGGUCCUUGCCUGUGGUUGGACGUACCCGAUUCUGUGCUCGAGCAGACCUUACAAGGGUAUUCUACAUCUCCUGAAGCCAGCCGGACACUCCCUCUAGCCCUGUCAUUGGUCACUGCAUGGAGCUGAAGAAACAGCCCCUUGUUUUCUUACCUCUCAAGUGCCUCCUUCUGCCUCUCAAUUAGAGCAAUAAUUUCUGCUGCACUUCCCACCCCUCCAGCCCCCCAUAUCUCCCCCUCUCACACCCAUCAACGCCUGAAUCCUGAACCAUACAUGAAUUUCUGGACUUUCUUCUCCCACAGUGUUCUGGUUCCAAAGUCCCCCUCCAGCUACAGUGGUGGCCAUAUUAGCUGCCAGGCUGGAACAUGCUGCUUCUGAGUCUUAGCAUCAAAGGGACAGCACUGAGCUACUUAGUCUGUGCUUAAGGCUGCCCCCUUCAUGGGGCUGGAGGAGGAACUUCACCCCUAUCGUCCAGUACCAUCAGCUGUGAGGGUUCUCCCCCCUAAGUAUUCCAAUUCCUGGGAAAGGAAGGGGUGUCAGUGUCCUGCCCUGGCCCCAGGAGUGGUAUUAGUGUUCUUCCCCCUUGCCGAGUGUCUCCCACCUCUGCCGCCGCUUCGAGGCUCAGGGAUCGUGCUGGUUUGUAAAUAGGUUUCUGUGUGCAAUGUGGGGGUGGGAUGGGGCAGAGUGGGACACGAACAGAGCACUCGCACUCUGUGCUUCUGCAGGCAGCAUUUUCUUAAGGAUUUGGGGAAGAAGAUUUCUUCACUUGACUCUUGGGGCUUUUUUCCUUUGAAGUUUUUUUUUUUUUUUUUGCAGAUGAAAAUAUUUUUGGCAUGUGGCAAAAACUGUACAUAAAAGAACUUCUCUUAAAUGGCACGUGAACUUUUU